GACCACAGAGUGCUGUGGCAUAAGGCUAAAGAAAAGUCCUGCCCAGUUUUCCAAGACAAAUAAAAUUCCAAGUAUUAAUGUGAUAGCUGCUUGUUGAAUGGAGAAGCUAAAAUUCUAGUUUUCUUUUUUUUAGCCAUGGUAUUUAUUUAUACCGUGUUAAAGGCAAUUGAAGAUCAUAACUGUUGUUGAACAAGGGUUAAACUUGAUGAGCAAUAGUUCACCAUCAAACUGUUACUUGCAAGUGUUUAACGUGAUUAUCAGUUAAUUAUUCAGCAUUUACCAAGCAACAGUUGAUGCUGUUUACCACUAAAGAUACAAAAAUAAAUGUACAUGUAGAAGGGCACACUAUCUUGGCAGACAGAAGUGUCCAUCUCAGACAGAUGUCCACUCCUGAUGUCCACUCUUUUCUUGAGUUUUAGAAUAAAAUGUACACCAUUGCUUAUGUAUUGAUGUAGCUGCAAAUGUACCUAACACAGGUUCUUUAUGGUGAUUGUAAAGAAUUCUAAAAGAAGAGCAGAAAGAUAAAAAAGAAAGAUUCACCUUAGAGUUUGGUUUACAAAUGUACAUAUAAAGGUGUCUGCUUUACAGAUGAGUUAGUCCAUUAAAGUGGUGCCUAAGAAAUUCGAAGAUCUUAUCUUUUUAGAGUAGACAUUGUUCAUCUUAGAGAGAUGUUGUUUUUAGAGGAUAGUCAGCAUGAGAAAGGAAACAACCUUCAGAAACAUCCCAUAAUAUGUACCUUCAGUGAUAUUCUACAAACUUGAAAUUUUUAUGGAAAUGGGGCUAUAUCAGCAGAGAAGUGUGUUAGUUCUCAGAAAGGUGACCACGACUUUGGAGGGUUUUUACUCAUAGCCUUAGUCUCCUUGUCUAACUUUGUCCAUCUAAGGAAGGCACAAACUAUAUCGACAUCAAAAGUACAGUACAGUGUAGCCUCACCAUGGAAUUCUGUCAAUAGCUAGCAAUGGCACCCUCGAGCUGUACUGUACAUACUUAGAGAGAUGUACAUCUUAGAGAGAUGACUACCUUUAGUCAGUAGGGUAGCAGUUAAAAAUGGUUAUGGUUUUCAGUGAGGUGCCUUUUCGUGUGGUAUCAGAGUUGAGAGGGUUCACCUUUGAGGAGAGUCAGUCUUGCAUGUAGACUCUAGAAACAUGUCCACCUCAGUGUCUACACAAGACGAAUCCACCUUAGCCAGGUGUGCAGAGCCAGGGAGUUGUAGGGACUUGUUGAUUAAGAGUGGCUGUGUUGUUCUUCACGCAGGACUGGGAAUUCCCUAACUUCCAAGGCAACAUGGAUAUUAAACUUCCGGGAGUCGACACCGCCUCUUUCUACUUCCGGUUGCCUCGCUUCUGUAAGAAGGAGAACUGGCACGUUCACAUUACAGGCAGAUGGUUCAACUAUGGAAUCAUAAUGCUGGUUAUAAUUCUUGACCUGAACAUGUGGAAAAACCAGAUUUUUUACGAUCCUUUCACGUUUGGUCAGUACACCGAUUCCGAAGGUUACAUCUACUCUGUUCAGGAUCAAAGCUUUUUGAACACUGCAAACCAAACCAUGCUGUCUUAUGACUGGAGAUCACAGAAUAUCAACCCGGCCACCAACAAAAGCUACUUCAAAACCGAUCCGCGUAUGAACUCAAAAUACCUCAACUUCGCUCUAGCUUUGAAAGGUAUCGCCUUUAUUCCCUCCAUAGUCGCGUUCCUAACCUUCGGCACUCUUAUCUGGCGUUAUGGAAGAGAGGAGUUUGUUGUCGAAAAAGUAAUCGAUGAUGUCCACAAUAUUGAGGGCACCGACGGGAUUGUGAUUGAAGAUGUUGAAAUUCAUGAGAAAGUAGAGAAAGAGUCUGCACAGCAAAAUGAUGAAAUCACAUCUGGAACAGUUUCCCAGCAAAACAAAGGACGUCCGACAUCUGAGCUACCUUCAGAUCAAGACGACGGAACACCUGUUCUUAAGAGCAUUCAAAUGGUUUCUAACAUGUAGGACUUGACAACCAUUGCUGGCCUGUUAAAGGGGUUGGGUCACACUUCUAAGAGCGUUUUCGCAUUGCGGCCAUAAAUUAUUGGUAGUUUUCCAAAGUAAUGCAACGAUGGAAAUGUUGGUGUUCCAAACUAAUCCGGUGGGAAUUGAACUCUUUUCUUAGGUAAACGCUUUCUUUUGUUCCAAUAAAUUUCCAUAGAUGCUGGCCAUGUGAGUGAAAACGCUCUAAAUUAGUCACUAGCUGCACUUACCAAAUCAUCAUAAAUUGGCUAAAAUAUGAAAGUAACUGCUUCAGAGCGUAGAAGAUCGCAAGGGAAGUAGAGGAGAGCCAAAAAGGAGUACGGAUGGACAAAAAUGUAGAAGAUUUAAACGGAUUGCAUUCUGGUUAACUUGGAAAACAUCGGCAGUUUCUUUUCAAGUUUGUUCCCCGGGGGGGGGGGGUACUCCCAUACAUUACCUAUACGGGUAUGUGCCGCCCGACGGGGUCGUUCAAUUUACAAACAGUUCUAGAACGGAGUGUAAAAAAUUGGCCCAUUUCUAGAAUGGGGUAUCAGUUUUAGGGCGAAUUCUGGAACGGGGUAAAAAAAAAUGGCCCAUUUCUAGAACGGGGUAUCAAUUUUAGGGGAAAUUUUUUAGAACGGGAUGCCAAUUUGGAGUCUCAGGCGGCACAGACCCACCCAAAAAAUACCCAAGUGCCCCACCCGGGGUUUGUUCCCAUUUGUCAGAUUUGUAUAGAGAUGUGACCAAGCCCCUUGGACAAUAGUCUCAUGCGCAGUCGCUUUGUUUCGUCUCGUUAAAGAGCGUUGCGUGACAAGACGAAAACGGCUGCGUGGUAGACUACUUGAUCAAUCACUAACCUUUUAACCCACGAUUUUUAACGUAACACAGCAUUGCAACAUUGUUCCAACAUUGCAGCGCUGUGUUGCACCGAAGAUCGUCGUUGCGAAUCGACUCGUGUAACCUCAAGUCCAUGCAAAUGAAUAAGUGGAGUCUCGACCAUUUCUUUCGGCUUACAUGUAGUUUAUUUUACUCGCUCAUUUAACAGUAAUGUUUCUUCCCAAUUUCUUUGAAGACGAAACAGCAUUUCAUUUCACUUCUUAAAGCAGUGGGACCAAGAGACCAAGAGAAUAUUUUGUGUUAGAUGUCAAGUAAAAUCUUAUCAACUUUGGUUGAGUGGAUUUCUGACAUUUAUCCUUGUUCUUUGAAAGAUUUUAGUCUGGUUUUAUUAUUUUGAUAUGUUUUAAGUGAAGAACGCUUUUAUUUAUAAGACGUUUUUGGGUCUUAAGGAAAGAAAAUGAUAGUUCUAAUCUAAAACUUAGAACGCCAGGGAGACCUAUUUUCAGGAAAAUUCCAAGUUUCAUUUUGUAAUAUACUCCAUUUUGCAAAUAAUACCACGCGCUUUCUUUUGCUGCACUAAUGUAUAGAAAAUGUUCUUUGAAAGAUUUUAGUCUGGGUUUAUUAUUUUGAUAUGAAGUAAGUGACGAACGCUGUUAUUUAUAAGACGUUUUUGGGUCAUAAGGAAAGAAAAUAACAGUUAUACUAUAUUUUAACUACGCUGUGUCAAAUUUCUUUUAAAGCUUUCCUUUGCUGCACUAUUUUGUAGAAAAUGUUCUUUGAAAGAUUUUAGUGUGGGUUUAACAUUUAUAAGGAAGUUGAAUUUUUUAUACGCUGGAUCAAAUUUCAUUUAAAGCUUUCUUUUGUACGUGAAGAACGCUUUUAUUUAUAAGACGUUUUUGGGUCAUAAGGAAAGAAAAGAACAGUUCUACUCUAAAACUUAGAACGCCAGGGAGACCUAUCUUUAGGAAAAUUCCAAAUUUCAUUUUGUAAUAUACUCCAUUUUGCAAAUAAUACCACGCGAAACGACGUUAAACAGCCUUCACUUGAAUGAAUACACCAUUAUUCUCCCACGCAGACGUUCUAGUGGCUUCGUCACGCGUUCCUCCCCCGUUCGUUCGUUUGAGAGGAUUGCGUGACGAGUCAAAAAACGUCUGCGUGGGAGGCUAAUACACCAUGAGGUUGUAACCAUAGUUACAUUUCCCUUUAACUGACUUUGGAAGCGAACGUGUUCAUCUGAACAAUUUUACCAAUUGAUGUUUAUUUAUCUGUCUCCCGUUUUAUUUGUAAGGAUGUUGAAUAUUUUGACUACGCUGGGUCAAAUUUCUUUUAGAGCUUUCUUUUGCUGUACUAUUUUAUAGAAAGCUUUAACCUGGAAAUUUUUAGGUGUAAUGUCGAACCAUCUUUGUUACUGUAAAAAAUUUUACCCUGUAUGUCUUCGCUGUCAUGUAUUACGCCGUCAAAGUAAGUUGAAAUAAAGUACCAUAUCCUGUCUUGAGUGUUAAUGACUGUAUA